AUGUUCGGGCUGCUGAGCAGCAGCUUUGAGGAUGAUCCCUUCUUCUCUGAUUCAUUUAUGGCACACUGAGAAAGUAUGCGACAGAUGAUGAGAAAUUUUUCUGAACCUUUUGGAAGAGACAUGUUCAGCAUCUCUGAUUGUAGAGGAAGAGCUUGUAACCAUACGAGACAUGAGGAGGGAGAAAACUCCUUGACUUGUACAGAUGUCAACCCUCUUCAGGCAAUGGACCAAAUAAUGUUAAAUAUACAAAACAGUAUGCAGGAAUUACAAAGAAACUUUGGUCACUUUUCAAUGGAUCCAAAUGGACAUUUGUUUAGUUCUUCUUCAGUUAUAACUUACUCCAAAGUAGGAGAUGAACAACCAAAGGUUUUCGAGACCUCAACUCAAACUCGCAGGGCUCCAGGAGGAAUAAAGGAAAGUAGGAGAGCACUGAGAGAUUCUGAGAGUGGACUAGAAAAAAUGGCUGUUGGUCAUCAUCUUCAUGACCGAGCUCAUGUCAUUAAAAAGUCAAAGAACAGCAAGACUGGAGAUGAAGAGGUCAAUCAAGAGUUCAUCAAUAUGAAUGAAAGUGAUGCUCAUGCCUUUGAUGAUGAGUGGCAAAAUGAGAUUCUGAAGUACAAACCAAGUGGACAAUGGCGCAAUCUAGAAAACUCUGGGAUGUGAAACAUUGGUCAUGAGAAUUCAGGAUCCCAAGAACUUAAAAGAAGGGAGAAAUUUCAUCAAAAUCCAGCCAUUGAACGUGGGAGAAGAUCAAAUGUUUCUGUGGUCAAACUCAACA